AUGGAUCUCUGGGACCAAAAUCUGGAGGAUGCAGAUGGUGAGCUUGCCACCGCACAAUUCGACAGUGGGGCAGAGCAUUUAGACGUGGACGAUGAUAUCCCGAUUGAAGACGGUGAUGAAAACCUCCCUGAACACACGGAAUUUUGGAGCCUGAUCACCAGUAGCCCAGUGUAUGAAUGGCUACUUGGAAGUCUCCGGAGGAAACUUCACCUGCAACCAGCAGAGCCAAAUGUUCAAGAUGCUAUUCGCGACCGAAUCCUGGAGACCCUCCCGUCAUCCCGAAGAGUCAGUCGAUAUGACCAGCCAACAAUAUAUCAGGUAGAAUUCCUUCUCAAUUGGGAUCCCGCGUCUUUCAUCGCAGAACAGGAGUAUGACACAAGUAAAGAAGGCUUCCUUGGGAAGAUUAUCACGAUUACAGGGUCCGGUCAGGAUGCUCAAGCAAUGACUUGCUUGCAAUACCUUCAGCAAACAUGGCAUUCAUAUGGUGCCGAUAUCCUUCAGCUAGUCGAGGCUACACUGCUUAGUGAGCGUGACUAUAAACACAGCUGUACACUGCCAGACAAUACACAACUCGCGGCUUGGACGAAUGAAAAGGAGUUUCUAGUUGAAGUCACUGGAAUAGAGAGUUCGAUUACAGAGAUUGGGGAACAACUUGCGUGGCUAGGCUCUGCUCUCCGUUCCUCGCCCCACGACUCUAGGAUAUUGUACUGCACACCGUUCAUCAACAGCGCCAGCCCUUCUCCAGAACCCCCCCAGGCCAAAAAGCGCGAGUCCCGUGCUGGGACUCGUAAUGUGACGUCGCUAUCUGCCGAACAGCUGGAGAGGAGGCGCAUUCGGGCUAUGGCGUUGGAACAAGAUAUACAAGAGAUUCAAGCUUUGAUGAAGCAUCAGCUCGCCCGGCCUAGUAGACAGGAAUAUCCGGGUAUGAGUUAUCAAGAUGCAGCAAACCCAAAUCCACAAGCAGCAGCUAUCACACGGGUAUUAUGCGGUAUUGAUUUCAAGUGUGAGGAUCAGGAGCAAGCGAGCUCGUCGCCGCCCCUGGGACAAUGCUGGCAUCACUUGUUCCGGAACCCCACAGUGGUGAUGGGCUUCCCAAUACCAUACCGCUCCAGACAAAAUACUGGCCUUGAAAUCCCGCUCAACAUCUUGGCGGGUCUAGCCCAAGCAACGCAGGUGGAUGUCUUUAGUGAUAAGCUAUUCAUCAAAGGAUUCUCUAGCUUAUUGAUCCCGACAGAGUACAUCCGAGAUCAGGAUCAGAUGAUGUGGCACCUACGUUAUAAUGUGCAUAGAGAUCGCAUUUCGUAUCUGGAUGGCAUUGGGGCUCAUGUCGGACACAUCACACUAGCCGAUUUGGAGUCGAGCCGACAUAUUCUUGGUUGGUGUUCAGACGCAAAGUUCUAUGCCGGAGCGACAGAUGCUAGUUAUUCGAUCAAUCGGUCUUGGUUGGGGCCACCGUCCGCUCGCUGCAGCUUAAACAACAUAUUGAUCACGGCAGGCAGGCUAAUCACAGGCGGUGACCCAGCAAUAUAUGGCAACAGAGACAUACCGUAUCGACUAAUUAGGGAUGAGUACAUUGAAAAGCUCUCGUGGAUUGCCAGACAAUACGUGGUAAUGUGGGAUGCCGGAGCCAAAAGGGGGUGGUUGGUGAAUGGGGCCUGCGCUCUUUUGCACCUUCUAUUUGCUUCCCUAUAUUUCAACAGAACUGAUCCACUCAGCUUUGCAUUCCAGUUAGAUCUUACCGACAUCAAAGUCCCAGAGAACACAUUCAACCCCAGCUCAGCAAUGGAAGUCUUGUUGAACCAUGAUAACCUUAGUCUGAAACUGUACCACGCGAAACAGAGCCAACCAAGUGAGGCAACUUUACCUCCAGUACAGAUUCGAGAUAGAGUCAAUCGUUUGUAUAACAUGCUCGAGAAGAUCAUGGAUCAUCAAGCAGAGAUCAUGGGGGCAGGUGGCGGAGCGUCACUCAAUAUGUCCAGGGGAAACCUGGAAGGAUGGGAUUUCAAGGAUUUAGCGACCCAGGAAGACCCGCUGUAUCCUCGGCUUUGUAAGUUGGGGAUCAGAGGGAAAAGCUGGGUUGACUUUACUAGAGAUAUUCGUGCGGCAGUGCUAUUUGGGACGGGGUUUGGUGAGAUUCUUCGCCCGGUUGAUAACGACCAACUAUGCCCAUAUUGGAGCACAUUGCCAGAAGGUAAAUCUUACCUUGCAGUCAGUGGGUAUGAUCUUACAAAUAUCAUCGAUCGGUUUGGAAAUCCACAUAGUAGACCGGUCCGACUGACCCGCAAUUUGAUUUGGUGCAACUGCCUAGACAAUGGCCCCCAAGCUUGCAAGUGCAUUGGACUCCCGGAACAGACAGAACAUUCCGAACUGGCACAAGUAAUCCUGCCGUCACACUUCAAAAGGAGAAUACCUAAGCUAAAUUCCGUUCGACCAAGCGGUUGGGGCCAUGGCGCGAUAUUAUUUGGUUACAACAAAGACUUGCGAUGGACCUGGAACGACACCGGUUUCCCUGAACAGAAAGACGUCUUGUCAUGCUCAGAUGAUUCGGGGUCCGAUUCAGACGGCGACUUCCAAGACUCAGGACUUGGAACAAGCUUGGCUCCUCCCAAUGCCGAUGGUUCCAGGAGACUGUCAUUGUCAAGGUCCCCGUCUGGAGGUAUUACUCACGAGGACUACGAGGUAGGCAUUGUGUGUGCGCUGUCCAAAGAACUUCUUGCCGUCCGCGCAUUGUUCGAUUCAACCCACCCUGACCUCGAAAAAGACCGAAAUGACCCUAAUUGCUAUUGUCUCGGACGGAUGAAAGGAUUCAAUGUGGUUGCUGCUGGUCUCCCACACGAUGAUUAUGGCACGAAUUCCGCCACAAAUGUUGCUUCUCAUUUGAUCCGAACUUUCCCGCGAGUGAAGUUCUGCCUGGUCGUUGGAAUUGGAGGGGGGGUACCUUCCGCAAACCGGGACAUACGGCUUGGUGAUGUCGUCGUCGGUACUGGGGUGAUACAAGGUGAUAUGGGGAAAUGGAUCCAGAACUCCGAAUUUAAGAUGACGGCGCAGAAACAACAACCACCGCCCUAUUUACGAGCAGUCAUCACGAAAAUCCAGUCCAAUGGCCUCAUCUCCUUUGAGUCCGCUUUGAACCCGCUCCUUGUCGAUCUUGAUCUGAUUGCCUCAAUGCAAUCGAAAUACUUAUACCCAGGCGCAGACAAAGACAUGCUAUUCGACGCAGGUGACGUGCACGUUGAGACGGAACCAAAUUGUGACAAGUGCAUCGGCAGCCGACGUCCAAGGACUCGACAGCAUGACGGCCCAAGCGUUUACUACGGUCUUAUCGCAUCUGGUAAUCAGCUCGUUCGAGAUGCAAGAUACCGAGACCGCCUGGGCCAGGAAAAUGUGAUCUGUGUUGAGAUGGAGGCGGCAGGAGUCAUGAGAACCACCACUGACUGCCUUGUCAUUCGGGGCAUAUGCGAUUAUGCCGACUCACAUAAGAACGAUCAGUGGCAGGAGUAUGCCGCUGCCUCAGCGGCUGCUUACGCCAAAUUUUUCCUGUCUCAUAUGCGCGAAAGCGCUCAUGAGUUCGCCGUCCGAGUCCCAUCACGGUUAGAAGCUCCGACGGGGUCAGUACACUUGCAGAAGGAGAAGCGGGCUGCAUCAUGUGCUGUCUAUGACCAGCAUGUGGAGCUCAAGAGAUCUCGACGAUACUGA